AUGACGCGCUCGUUUGAUCCUACGUCGGCGGCCGUGCACUUGCGGUCCCCGGCCGCGGAUGGCGCCCCGGCAGUCCCGCGCCGGACCGCCUCGGACCACUCCAGCAACGAGGACGCGUCAGCGCUGUCGGCGCCGCCGCAGGCCAAGAAGCAACGCCUAAAGGGUCCCGCAGGCGCUCCCCGGAGACGCACCGCCACUGCAUGCAACUUCUGCCGCAGCCGCAAGACGCGCUGCAACAAUGCGCGGCCCUCCUGCGGUACAUGCGUCUACAAUCGCGUCGAGUGCGUCUACCAGGACGCGAUUGACGACCAGACGAGCUUCGACCCUGCUAGCCGGAUCAUCCUGGACCGUUUGGACGAGCUGAAGCAGCUGCUCCAGGCAUCCAGAGAUGAAAGCCGUUCGAGGACUCAGCCGGAGACAGACCCUGGUUCAACGCCGGGGCAUGCCCAAACGGAGCCCAGUUCUAUCGACGACUCUACCACUACGCGGAAAGAGUACAUCGGGGCGCACCUCGAACCGCCAGCUUACCCCGACGACUCGCAUCACAAUUCGUCAUGCGAGGCCAUGCUCAGGUGGCCCAUCUUCCAGGAUCUACUGCUUGAUGAUGACAAGGCGAUCGUGUCUUUUGUUCUCGAUUCUCCGGUAGAUUUCGAGUGCUCUGGCUCUGCUCUGCCUCGCCAGAUCCCCGCCAGGAACGACCCCAUCGGCGGGAGUUCCGGCAUUCAGCAAGCCGACUUUGUACCUUUAUGCAAGCAAUUUCUCGGUCUCGUCCAUGCCAAGAAUCCUAUCCUGGACGAGUCCGACCUUCUCGGUUACGCCAGGGAUGCAGCCGAGAAUGGGCUCGGCUGGGACGGGCCAUCGUGUCUCGUGCUUCUCGCCUGUGCCUUGGCAUGUAUAGCAGUGCCCUGGAAACCGCCUCACCCACGGGAUCACAUUGACCCCAGUGCGUCAAAUGACAUGGACCGCACGGGCGAAGACAUGGCGAGCGCCGAAGCGUACUUCCUUGAAGCAAAGAAGCGCAUGGGUCUCCUGCAAACAGCAAUCGUCGAUCUCCAAUGCUUGUUCAUUGCCAGCAUAUAUGAGAAGUUUCUCCUGCGGCCCUUGCGGUCGUGGCAGUACAUCCAGGCAGCGUCUCUGAGACUGCAGACGCACCUCGCACGAAAGAACAGACGGUAUGUGAUGCAGCACGAUGCUGAGACGGAAAAGACACAUCAGCUUGAGCAGCGACUCUUUCUUUCCUGUGUCCGGGCCGAGUCCGAGUUCCUCCCAUACAUCCCGCUCAGGCCCAGCGGCAUUCAGGAGUACCACUAUACGGAUCUUCUUCCAUCACCGCCAGUCCCAGGUGCUCAUGAUUCAAGCUCGGUCAACAAUGAAAGUGCAAUCACGGCUGCCGGUGGUCAACAGGGCUGGAUAUUCUACCUGACCGAGAUCUCUGUCCGUCAGAACAUCACAGAUGUCAUGUCAGUCCUGUACCGUGGAGGGGAGAGGCAGUGGACCCGAAAUAUCAAGCUUCUAUUGAGGUACUACACUGAGUGCAAACAGCAGGUGGACAUAUGGAAAUCACAUAUCCCCGGCCAAGUCCAGUUCGACGACUCGGGGAUCCCUCGAAACGAGGUCUCCUCGCUCUUGCAAGGCCGCCUGCUCAUGUGGGACGAGCUCAUCGCGCGCCCGAUCCUCUACUACGUGCUGCACACCGCCUCGCACGCGCCCGAGAACCCAGAGCUCGACCAGCCGGUGCAGAUCGCGCAGCAGUCGAUCUACUCGUCCGCCAAGAUCAUCAUGCACCUGAACCACAACCACCGCCACGGCGGGACCUACUUCUCCUGCGCCGUCUCCCUCGCCUGCGCGCUCAACGUCCUGGCCGCCGUCCUGAGCGGCGGCAGGGUCAUGCUGCCCGAGGACUGGCCGGCCUACAUCCGGGCCGCGCACAGGAACCUGAGCCGUUGGGCGACCGAGGCGCCGCAGAUCGAGUGGAUGCGCGCCAUCCUGCACCGGCUGUUCCACAAGGUCUGCCAGAGGGUGGGAUACGCUGCCUCGCCCAACUACUUGACCUGA